UAGAUAUGGCUCGUGGUUUUAAUAGGGGCUACGGUGGUAACCGUGGUGGUUCCAAUAAUCGUGGCUCAUCAUACCGUUCAUCGAAUUACAAUAAUAACCGCAUGCAGUCGUCUGGUGGUCGUUCUUCAGAUCGUUCUGGCCGCUAUAAUUCCAGCAGCAACAAUGACAGCCGCUAUGAUUCACGUAGAGAUCGUUUUAAUAAUUCCAGUUCUAGUCGUCAUGAUUCUGGACACAAACGCAGUUACAGGGACUCAUCACGUGAUCGUUCUUCAGAUCACAAAAGAUCUCGGCAAGACGAUUAUAGACGCACGUCAUCAUCAACUGGAAGGGGCAAUCGCACGCCUCCACCGCCACCACCUCCAGUGGUAACGUCAUCAAGUUCAACGUCAGGCUACAGAGGUGGAAACUCCUCAAGACACAGCGAUCGCGAAGACUCAAAGUCCAGACAUCGUACAGAUAUGGGACCGCCAAGUAAAAGACCACCGGUUCGCAGCAGUUUCACUUCACGCAUGCGUGGCUCCACUGGUCGCGUCGGAGUACGCUCUGGCCGCGGAGGCGGAUCCGGUCGUAUUGUACGCCGUGAAUCCAACGACCUGCGAAUUAUGAGACGUAAACUAAUGUACGCUCAACAGAAAGAUCGUGCCCGACUUUUGAAAAUUGCACGUUUAACGAGCUCACUUAGACGUCGUCGCUUUGAAAGACGAUCUUCAAAGAGUCCACGCCGUUCAUCGAGGAGUGCUAAAAAGUCAGCAUCUGGAUCCAGUGAUGAAGAUGAAGACAAGAAAAAGUCCAAGCCGAAGGGCAGUGAUGACGAGGAUGAGAACAAUGAAGAGGAUGAAAGAGAGGGCAUUGAUGAUAAGAAAGAAUCCAAACGAGGCAAGUCUAAGCGUGCAAAAUCAGAAAAGUCAAAUGCCGAAGAUGACGACGAAGAGGAUGAGGAAGAUAAUGAAGCCGAGGACGGCGACAACACAUCCAGGACAAAAGGUGAGGGUGAUAACGUCGAGGAUGAGGAAGAAAUCGAAGAAGACGCAGACAAAAAGUCCAAUGCCGAUGACAAGGAACAUGUAGAGGGUGAAGAUGAUUCUGCCGAAAAGAAUGAUGAUAAUGAGACAGCAGAUGGUGCGGAAAAAGCAACAAAAGAUGCUGAUGGGUCCGAGGUGAAGGCAGACAAAAAAGAAGGUAAGAAAACAAAGGAGAGUUCUGCGAAGAAAGAAAAAUCAUCGACGGCCAACAAGAAGUCCAGCACAUCAUCCACUAAAAAGGAUGACAAGUCGAAAGAUGACAAGGAUAGAAAAUCAAAGAAGUCGUCGCGAAGUGACGACGACGCCGAUAAUAGCUCUAAGGAACGCAAAGGUCGAAACACUCGUCGUGGAGAGAGUCCUUCACGUAGGGGCGGUGGAUCACGUUUCAUUAAAUUGACAUGCAUUCAUUGCCACAUGAAAUGUGUUACAUUUACGGAUUAUCUCUACCAUUUGUCCUCACGCGUCCACAAGGCGGCAUUGCGCCAGAUUGCUGUUCGCCAAAGGGCCCAUCUAUUGCGAUUGAGGGCACGACAGCGUGCAGCUCAAAAAGAAAUUGAGGAAAAGUCCAAGGAAACUUAUGAAUCGAAAUUUUGUCAUCUGUGCCGUUUACAUUAUAGGCAACCAAAGGCCAAGCAUCAACUGUCUGAGCAUCAUAAGAUUAUGAAAAAAUUCCUGAUGCCAUACUGUUCCACCUGCCAUUUAGCAUUCAAAAGUCCCAUACUCUAUGAGACCCAUCGUUGUUCGUUGGAACACAUCAAAAACAAGGCACGCAAACAAGAUUCCGAUUCGGAUAAUAGCGGUGACGAAGAAAUGCGUGAAAUUGAUUUAAAUAAAUUUAUGACUGUCGAUUCGGUGGGUGAAAUUGACGAUGAAAUGGAUGCUGAUGUUGAGGCCCUAUUGAAUGAUGCCAAUGAAGAUUCCGAGGAAGAGAGCGAUGACAAGGAUCGUACGCCGGUUGGCAAUGAAUUUGUCAAGGAAGUUUCGGCAUUUUAUUGUGAAUUGUGUGAACAAUUUGCAUCAACUGAGAACACAACCUUGGAAGAAUUCUCCAAGAAACAUUGCUUACAGAGAUCUCACUUGAAGGCAUACCUGCGCCACAAGGAAGAAGAAAAGAAUGCUCAGAAACGUAAAGAAGCAAAGGAGAAAGCCAUUUCGGAGAGUGAAAAUAAAGAUGAAGGGGAUGGCGGUGAUGAAGAAACAAAAACAGAGAAGGAAGAAGUAACUAAUGAAAAUGAAGAGACUGAGAAGGCUGAUGGUGAUCAUGAUCAGGACGAAGAAGAACACGAUGUGGACGAUGAUGCUCAAGCCGAUGAAAAGCUUUGGGAAGAUGUCGACAAAGAUUUGGGAGAUCUAUUGAGGCAUGUUGAGCCUGAGGAACGUGAUGAGGAUGAAGAAAAUGAUUCGGUGCUCAAUAUUGAUAUAGAAAGUGAGAAACAUAAAAAUAAGGAUUUAAAUGGAAAAAAGGAAGAGGAAUCUGAAGAAAAGGAAGACUCAUCAAAGAAAGCACCUGCUAAAGAAGAUUCGACAGAUGUUGCAUCGACCACCGAAAAUGUUUCUACAUCAACACCACCUGCUAAAGGCAAGCCACAACGAACAACAAGAACACCAGGCAAUGCAGCAAAGAUUAGCGCCGCAACUAAGGAGGCAACAGUUGAGGAAGAAACCAAAGAGUAA